AAAGAUCGAACAAUGGUCACUCUGCAUACGUUGCAACUUGCAAUUGGGAAGGCGCGAUGUCUAUUUAUUUGUUAUGUUUGACAACAAGUGGGGGGCUGCCCGUGUUCACCCGCAAGAAGGGAGAAUGCGAGAAUCUGCCCUUUUCCACUGUGGCCAGCCUCAACGGCUUUCACAUGUUCUUCAAAUCGCUGGGCAUUCAACUGGAGUCCACAACGACCUCGAAACAGCAGCCCAGCCAGAACCAGGCUCCAGCGGAUGCGGAGGAAUGGACGUACAUUUGGCGGGACAGCAAUGCCAUCACAUUGAUUGUGUGCGGCUGCGGAGUGGGAUCGGAGCAGCUUCUCCAGACGCUGGCGGACUUGGUGUUCGGAGCCAUUGGCAUGUUCAUCACUCGGUCCUCGGAAAUGGCACAUGCCACGCUUCUUGAACGACUCAAAAAGGAUGCCAAGAAGUAUGUGCCCAUUGUGGAUGCCAUUCUGGAGGCAGCCUGCGCGGGCACACAGCUCCUGGGCUACACGGAUUGUCUGUUGGCCUCGGAGAAUGCACAAUUGCUGCAGUGCCUCAAUGAGUUCAGUGGCCACUGCGGCUCACUCUUCUGCUGCCUGGUGGUGGGACAUCGCAUUGCAGUGGCCACCGAGGGAUGGUGGGAUCUGGACACUCGGGACCGGGAACUCCUGCUCUUCCUGCUCAACUCAUCCAGCACGCUGCAGCACGAUGUGCCCGUCUAUCUGCCCGUAAAGAGUCCCCACAUAGCCUAUCGUUUCGUCAGCAUUCCGGUGGCCUCGAACAGUGCCCUUUGCGUCCUCUGCGGAGCUGAGAACGCCUCCUUCCGCGAACUGCACGCUCAUGCGAUGAGUGCCUAUCGGAACGAGGGCAAUCUCCUGGCGGCCGCCGAACGCUGUGUGCCACGCAGCUUGCCCGAACACCUGGACAUCGAUGGCAAUGUGCUGGCCAUCAUUCUUAUCAACCGGCACUCGCGGAAGAGCCUCUUCACCAGGAACCUCAACCAGUCGGCGAGUGUUAAGCGCAUCAUUGUGGGCGACCUGCAGCGCCUAGACAUUCUCAAGAAGUUCUUCGAUCAGACCAUGGAUGCAGUGCAUCAAUUUGAGGCGGUGUCUUCCAACAAUAAAACUAUCUUGAUGGAUCAGUAUAGCUGCUCGGAUUACCACAAGUGCUAUGCCCACACGGAUGAGCUGGGAAAUGUUAUGUUCCUUCUCUUUGUGGCAGCUGUGCCCUCGCACGCAAUGAGAUUCUUAGCUCAACGCAUCCAUGACAAUAUACUACAGGAGAAAUCGGUGUGCUGGUAAUGCGAUUUCACUUUCUGAAUUCUAAAAGACUGAUAUUUAUUCCAUUUUUACUUGGCAUAAGAAAGAACUUUAAUUUUUGUGUGAAAAAGUAUACUUAAGAGUAAUUCAAUUUGGCAUGGGCGUUUUAUUCGCCUAAUGUGUUUCUUAUAUAACUCAAAUAUUGGAAUAUAUAUGGUAUAUUCCAUAACAACAUUAGCCUGCGCUGGCUUUAAUGACUCAUACAAUAACGUCCUUUUUAAUUAUAUUUUUAUAUAUAUCCUGCAAUACCUGUAUGAGUUCUAUAUUUGUAGUUUAAGCUUUGAGUGCGUUCUUAUAAUUUUAAUACAAUUAUAUUGUGAGGACGAAUA